GCACUCGAAUCAUUGAUACCUAGCCGCUUGGCAAGUUCACACGCGUUAAAACAAAAACAACUAACAACUUAACGAACACUUUUUCACUCAUUUUUUUAAAGACGUUUAUUAAAAAAUGAAUUUGAGACUACACGUGUUUUUUGGCCAGUUCCUCUGGCUACUGGCCGCGUUGAAUGGGAAGACUGUUCAGGGGAUACCAGGGUAUGGAAGGAACCUGCUCAUCAAGACGCUACCAGCCAUCGAGGACUACCAGAGCAACAUCUAUGAAGUGUUUAUGGAACCUUACUUGUAUGAGUUUGGCCACCAAGUGUACCCGCCUGGCAACCGAGCUGAAAAACAAAUCGAAUACAUUGUCCCACAACGAAGCCCAGGACUUCAAGCGAUAGUGCACCUGCAAGCGGACGAGGAGUCAGGAGUGGAAGGUGACCUGGUCUUCACACAGCUGGUGCCGAAUGGACCAGUCACCAUUGAGGGCAACAUCACGGGCCUGGCCCCAGGGUUACACGGCAUCCAUGUCCACCAGACUGGAGCUGUUAAAGAUAACUGCAAGGAGAUUGGACCACAUUUCCUGGCGUUUUAUGGUCGACACGGCGGUCCUCGCGACAACGUCCGUCAUGUGGGUGAUCUUGGCAACAUAAAGGCGGAGGAAGGGCCUCUCACUGUGAAGAUCAUCGACCACCUCAUCUCCCUAGCUGGCCCACGGUCCAUCGUCGGUCGCUCUUUGGCCAUCUCUAAAGGCGAAGACGACUAUGGCAGAGCCAGCACGGAAGACAGUGCCCUCACCGGCACCUCAGGCCCAGCCAUUGCCUGUGGCAUCAUUGGCUACCUCCACUAAUAUUUCGAAUUAAUUUCUUCUGUAAAUUGUGAUAUUGAGAUUCGUAUUUUUGUUAAUAUAAUUAUCUAUGUGUA